CGACUUUUGCCUGUGUCUGGAGAACCAGGAAAAUGGUGGUGAUGGCGCGACUCUCGCGGUCCGAGCGGCCGGACCUUGUCUUCGAGGAAGAGGAUCUUCCUUACGAAGAGGAAAUCAUGAGAAACCAGUUUUCAGUCAAAUGCUGGCUCCGCUACAUUGAGUUUAAACAGGGUGCCCCAAAACCCCGGCUCAAUCAGCUGUAUGAGCGGGCUCUCAAGCUGCUCCCCUGCAGCUAUAAACUCUGGUACCGCUACCUGAAGGCACGUCGUGCACAGGUGAAACACCGUUGUGUGACUGAUCCUGCCUAUGAAGAUGUCAACAACUGUCAUGAGAGGGCCUUUGUGUUCAUGCACAAGAUGCCCCGUCUAUGGCUGGAUUACUGCCAGUUCCUUAUGGACCAGGGACGCGUCACACAUACCCGCCGCACCUUUGACCGUGCCCUAAGGGCCCUGCCCAUCACCCAGCACUCUCGCAUUUGGCCCCUGUACCUGCGCUUCCUACGCUCCCACCCGCUGCCCGAGACUGCCGUGAGAGGCUACCGGCGCUUCCUCAAGCUGAGUCCAGAGAGUGCCGAGGAGUACAUCGAGUACCUCAAGUCGAGUGACAGGCUGGACGAGGCCGCCCAGCGCCUGGCCACCGUGGUGAAUGAUGAGCGCUUUGUGUCCAAGGCUGGCAAAUCCAACUACCAGCUGUGGCAUGAGCUGUGCGACCUCAUCUCCCAGAACCCAGACAAGGUGCAGUCCCUCAAUGUGGAUGCCAUCAUCCGCGGGGGCCUCACCCGCUUCACCGACCAGCUGGGCAAGCUCUGGUGCUCGCUGGCUGACUACUACAUUCGCAGUGGCCACUUUGAGAAGGCCCGGGAUGUGUACGAGGAGGCCAUCCGCACAGUGAUGACCGUACGGGACUUCACGCAAGUGUUUGACAGCUAUGCCCAGUUUGAGGAAAGCAUGAUCGCUGCCAAGAUGGAGACGGCCUCAGAGCUGGGGCGGGAGGAGGAAGACGACGUGGACCUGGAGCUGCGCCUGGCCCGCUUCGAGCAACUCAUCAGCCGGAGGCCCCUGCUGCUCAACAGCGUCCUGCUGCGUCAGAACCCACACCAUGUGCACGAGUGGCACAAGCGCGUGGCCCUGCACCAGGGCCGUCCCCGGGAGAUCAUCAACACGUACACCGAGGCAGUGCAGACUGUAGACCCCUUCAAGGCCACAGGCAAGCCCCACACAUUGUGGGUCGCCUUCGCCAAGUUUUAUGAAGAUAACGGGCAGCUGGAUGAUGCCCGAGUGAUCCUAGAGAAAGCCACCAAGGUGAAUUUCAAGCAGGUUGAUGACCUGGCCAGCGUGUGGUGCCAGUGUGGUGAACUGGAGCUCCGGCACGAGAAUUAUGACCAGGCCUUGCGGCUGCUGCGGAAGGCCACAGCACUGCCUGCCCGCCGAGCCGAGUACUUUGACAGCUCAGAACCUGUGCAGAACCGCGUGUACAAGUCUUUGAAAGUGUGGUCAAUGCUCGCCGACCUGGAGGAGAGUCUGGGCACCUUCCAGUCCACCAAGGCCGUGUACGACCGCAUCCUGGACCUGCGCAUCGCCACACCACAGAUCGUCAUCAACUAUGCCAUGUUCCUGGAGGAGCACAAGUACUUCGAGGAGAGCUUCAAGGCGUACGAGCGCGGCAUCUCCCUGUUCAAAUGGCCCAAUGUGUCGGACAUCUGGAGCACCUACCUGACCAAGUUCAUCGCCCGCUACGGGGGCCGCAAGCUGGAGCGGGCACGUGACCUGUUCGAGCAGGCACUGGAUGGCUGCCCCCCCAAAUACGCCAAGACCCUGUACCUGCUGUAUGCACAGCUAGAGGAGGAGUGGGGCCUGGCCCGGCAUGCCAUGGCCGUGUACGACCGUGCCACGCGGGCCGUGGAACCUGCCCAGCAGUACGACAUGUUCAACAUCUACAUCAAGCGGGCUGCGGAAAUCUAUGGCGUCACGCACACGCGUAGUAUCUACCAGAAAGCCAUCGAGGUGCUGUGCGAUGAGCACGCCCGGGAAAUGUGCCUGCGCUUCGCUGACAUGGAGUGCAAGCUGGGCGAGAUCGACCGUGCCCGGGCCAUUUACAGCUUCUGCUCCCAGAUCUGCGACCCCCGGACCACAGGGGCGUUCUGGCAGACGUGGAAGGACUUUGAGGUGCGGCAUGGCAACGAGGACACCAUCAGGGAAAUGCUGCGGAUCCGCCGCAGCGUGCAGGCCACCUACAACACGCAGGUCAACUUCAUGGCCUCUCAGAUGCUCAAGGUGUCGGGCAGUGCCACGGGCACUGUCUCCGACCUGGCCCCUGGACAGAGUGGCAUGGAUGACAUGAAGCUUCUAGAACAGAGAGCUGAGCAGCUUGCAGCCGAGGCCGAGCGGGAUCAGCCCUCACGGGCCCAGAACAAGAUCCUCUUUGUGAGGAGCGACGCGUCCCGAGAGGAGCUAGCGGAGCUGACCCAGCAGGUCAACCCCGAGGAGAUCCAGCUGGGUGAAGAUGAAGACGAAGACGAGAUGGACCUGGAGCCUAAUGAGGUCCGGCUGGAGCAGCAGAGCGUGCCAGCUGCAGUGUUCGGGAGCCUGAAGGACGACUGACCCCCCCCUUCCUCCCCUCUCCCUGCAUCCCUGUAAUACAGCCCAUGUUUGUAGUUUGUACGUCA